UCGAGCAAGCAACUGUGAAUCCGACGAUCUUGGGGCAAAAGCUGGACGAGGCUAAGAAACUUCAGGCGGAGACAGACGCAAACGAUGAAAUCAAUAAUCUGAAGCAGCUGAAUGGCAAGAGCUUUGAAUUGAGUCUUAGCUUCGAAGAAGCCGCCAAUGGGUGCAAGAAGCGCGUGGACAUACGCUACCUGCGGAAGUGUGGCAAAUGCGGCGGCUAGUCGCAGUUGAUGACGCAUCGUGAUGUCGGGAAGGAGCCAUGCCGACGCUGCAAUGGCGCAGGCAAGGUGACCAAGCGGACGGUGACCUUUACGGCCGAAAAGACAUGUGAACACUGUAAAGGAAAGGGAUUCAUCAACCGACGCGACUGCGAGCCGUGUGGCAACCGCGGUUUCAUAGCAUCCGGUGUCGAGGUGCUGGUUAAGGUACCGCCUGGAUCUAAGGACGGCGAUGUUAUCACCAUCCAAAACCCGAAUACCCAAGAACGUGUUAAUUAUCGCCUGGUGGUCGAACGCAGCGACUACUUUCGCCGAUAUGGCCUUGAUGUCCAUAGUGACAAGCUGAUAACUAUAUCGCAAGCCAUUUUAGGCGGAAGGUUCACUGUUCGCGGCCUCCACGAGCCUGUGGAAAUACGCGUUGACCCAGGAACGCAGACAAAUAGUGAGAUAAUAAUCAAGAGCAAGGGCAUACGCUGCGAGAAUGGAGUGGGCAACCACGUAGUAACUUUGAAAGUUUUCAUACCUACAAAACUUUCAAUGAAGCAGCGUCUUCUGAUCCUGAGUUUAGCCCAUGCAGAAGAUCCCAUUUUCGAGCGCAAAACCUAAAAAACAAAUAGC